GUUGUGGGGUCCUUCGUAGCGCCGCUUCCUGGUCCACGUAUCGAAAAGACUACCAACAUCCUCUCUGACAGAUAAUGACAUCUGACUGUGUUUAUCCAAGCUGGUUUUCUUGUUCACGUGCAGCCGUUAAACCUCGGCGGUAGCCAGGUGACCGGAGACAUUCAGGGACCGGGACGUCGUUUCGAAACGGAUUGAAAAUGUCCUGGUUUACUGACUUGGCUGGGAAAGCUGAAGACUUCUUGAAUAAAGUGGACCAGGGAGCUGCCACCGCCCUGAGCAAAAGCCAGGAGAGAACCUCCUCCUUUUCGUCGCCCUACGAAGGAGAAUCCACCGUCAAACCUGAGUACAACACUGAAGGGUACAAGGCCGACACAGCUGUGAACUAUGCAUCCUCCCACGAUGCAAUAGGCUUCAUCUCCGCAGCAGCCAGCAACAUCAAGAGAUCCAAUGCAACCUUGCUGGCUGGCACAGCCAACGUGGCCGGUACCCCGUCUGGUUCUGGCAGCAGCGCUAACAACUCUGCCAAGACGUCAUCUGGCUUUGUGAGGCCCAGAAAGAGCGAGCAGGACGUGGACGAUGACAUGCUCUUUGACUUUUUGAACAGCUCCGAGCCUCCGGCCAGCAACAGGAGGGAUUCAAGAAGGGAACUUAUGAAAGUGGCAGUUCCAGUUACAGAGGCCGAAAACCCAACACCCCCUCCAUCCACCACUCCUCACGCCAUCCCCUCAGCCCCGUCCACACCCCCCUCGACCCGCGGAGUAUCCAGGGCCUCGAGCCUGAGCUCGCUGUCUGCUCACAGCAUCAAAACGUCAGAGGAGAGCUCUGCUAAAGAGCAAGGCCAAGACACAUCUGAGAGCUCAGACUCGGGCUUGCCUGUCCCUCAGGAGUCCGGCAGGCAGGAGCCUCCUCCUCCUGCAGAGGAGCCACAGAGCCAGAUCCUGUCCAGUCUGCGUCUGGAGAACCAGCUGCUGCGCAGUGAAGUGUCCUCCCUCAACCACGAGAUGGCUUCAGUCAUCCAGAGAGCAAAAGACCUGCAGGACGAAUUGAACCAGGCAAGACUACGAGCUGACAAAUGGAACUCGGAGCAGUGUCAUACUGACCGAACGUUACGGGAACUUCGGUCACAGGUCGACGACCUGACGGAGGCGCUUUCAGCCAAAGACGGUCAGCUGGCGGUGCUGAAAAUCAGACUGGAUGAAGCCGAUCAGCUGCUGAAGUCCCGCAGUGCUGCACUAGAGGAGGCACAGAAGGAAAGGUCAAGAAUUGUGCAGGACCACACAGAAGGGAGCAGCAUGCAGUCCCAAGCUCUCGAGACGAUCCAGGAGAGGCUGCGAGAGUCGGACCUGGCUGUCAGGAGGGAGCAGGACAGCUACCGGCAGAUGCAGAGUGAGUAUGCUGGUCGACUGUCCAAGCUGGAGGCUGAGAGGCAGACCCUUGCAGAGACGGUAACUGCAGCGGAGCGACGAGCCGCAGAGGAGAAGCUCAGGGUCGACGACCUCCACCAGCAGCUGAAAAGUGCCAAAGCUGCAGCUGAGUCUGCCAAGCAAGAGUUACAGGACUACAAGCACAAAGCUUCACGCAUCCUACAAUCUAAAGAGAAGCUGAUCAGCAGUCUGAAGGAGGGAUCUGGUCUGGACACGCUGGACGGGAGCGGCGCCAUGGCUCUGGAGCUGGAGGAAGUGCGUCACGAGAAGGAGUUACAGAGGGAGGAGAUCCAAAAACUGCAGGGGCAAGUGCACACACUUCGAACGGAGAUACAGGAUUUGGAGACUCAGGCCCUGACGGAGGCAGACGCGUGGCGGGAGCAGCAGGUGCAGUUACAGGAGCAACAGGCUUUACAGAACAGGGUUAAACAGGAAGUGGAGGCUGAGGCUGAGCGCUACAAACAGGAGCUGCAGUACCUGGAGGAAGAGAACCAUCGAGCCAAAACAACUCUGCAAAGUCGAAUCAAAGACAGAGAGGAUGAAAUCCAAAAACUCAGGAACCAGUUGACCAACAAGACUCUGAGCAGCAGCAGCCAAACAGAGCUGGAGAAUCGCCUCCACCAGCUGACGGAGACGCUGAUCCAGAAGCAGACGAUGCUGGAGGCUCUGGGCACAGAGAAAAGCUCGCUGGUCUUCCAGCUGGAGCGUCUGGAGCAGCAGCUGAAGAACGCUCAGGGAGGACAAAGCGGAGGGCCGGCCAUCAACAUGAGCGGCCUGGAGGGGCCAGUAGCGCGGCAGAGAAACACACCGGUCCUCUUCAGUGAUCAGGAGAGUCCAGGAGUUUACGGUAAAGUGCGUAAGGCAGCCAGCACCAUCGACCGUUUCAGCAUCAGACUUGGAAUCUUCCUGAGACGUUACCCGAUGGCCAGAGUUUUCGUUAUCCUGUACAUGGCGGUUCUGCACCUGUGGGUCAUGAUCGUUCUCCUGACUUACACACCAGAAAUGCACCAUGGUCAUCCUGACGGAAGAUAGGAGGCUCGUUUUAAAGAUGUUUGCUCUGGUGCCUUCGAUGUGAGGAGCGAACAAGCUGCUGAUGGGCUCUGGGACCUGACUCUCCCUGUUUUGCACAGAUAUGCUAUGAAUUAAAGAUUCUUCUUUAUCCUUUCCAACUGAAGAUUGAAAACUGACAGCUGCAUUGAGUUUUAAAAUAAUUACAGAGAGAUAUAUUAUAUUGUGGGUCUACUGAAAGGACAUUAAAUCAAACAUGAUCUCACAUCUGUUCACCUGCUUUCAGACGUCUGUUCUCUGAAGAGAUUGUAUUUAACACUAUGUAAAAAAAAAUCAUCUUUUAAUAAACAAGUUAGGAGAAACAACAAAGUCCGGCACUUUUCAGAGAUUUUCUAGGCCACGAAACAACGUGAGGAACUUCAGUGAUUUUACACAAAGACUCAGUUUACUGGCUCAUUUAGAAACAUUUCUUUGUUCUGUUGUUUGUUAUUGAGGAACGAUUAGCAGAUAUAAGCCGAUAUACUCUGACUCCAAAGUUUGGACAUUCGUUGUUUAUUUUUUUUUCAAGUAUGUGACAAAAAUAUUUUCUAUUUAAAUACAUGCACCCUAAAUAUAACAUUUGAGUCCCAUGUGGUUUAUUUAGAAACUUUUUUCCCCUAAACUUUUCAAAUUAAUUUACAUAGAUACAUAUUUUGUCACCUCUGUGAUGUAAUUACCCUUACAAGAUUUAAAAGGAAUAUAUAUAUAUAGAUAUAUAUAUAUAUAUAUAUAUAUAUACAUAUAUAUGAAUAAAUAUGACAUGCUGGCAAUUUAAGAGAAAAAUUAGAGAAGCAUUUGUUGGUAACAUAAAUAUAAUACACAGAAUAAACCUGUUGAUGUUAUUCUUGUUAUAUUGAUGUAGAACAGACAGUAUAAGUUCAUUAACUUAAACUUUUUUAAUGCUACAAUAUGAUUAUUUGGAAGAAUUUCACCAUCAUAAUUUCUAGAAACGGGAAGUGAAAGGUGGAACUACUGGUGUCAGGUAAUUACAAAGAUCAUCCAGAGUAACUGCAUGAGAUCAGGAAAAAUGGCUAAAAAAAAUAGUAUUUUUUCAUUUAAUAUCAUGGCAGGAAACUUGAAUUAACGGUUUUGAGAUUUGGAAACACAUUUUUGUGCCUUCAGCAUCUCACCAAACGUUUCAGACACGAAUGGCUGCUGUUGCACAGAAUGACUCAGCUGUCGUCGAUAUGGGGAUGAAGAGGUAAAGUUUAUUGCAGAUCCACUUCUGUAAGUGCGUGUACGUGUGUGUGUGUGUGUGUGUGUGUGUGUGUGUGUGUGUGUGUGUGUGUGUACAUGUCUUGCUGUGGUUGUGGGGAUAAAUCUGGGUUUGAAACCAUCAGUGUGAGGUUGUUGUGUUCAGGUGUCACAGCUUCAGGCUUCCUGAGGGACUGAGGUCAGAGUCAGGACGAGUCUCUACCACAUGAAUGAAGCUGAGAGUCUCGUCCUUCGUGCAGAUGGAAACGAGGAGUGAAGUUCAGGCACCGAGCAGCAGCAACAUUCAGAAGUUCUCCAGGAGUUUUCUAGUUGUUUAUUAUUCUCUGUCCUCAGUUCAGAUUCACUUUCUUGCCUUUUACUUCAUCUCUACAGUAACAACAUGUGACGAGCAGAACGUGUUCAGCUCCUCCACAGGUGAAAGUAUCGACCAGUUUAACAUCAAACGCUGUUCAGCAGGAAACAGAUGGAACCGACCCACCAGAACCGCAACCUGCAGCAGAACCAGACUCUUCAUAGAUGUGAUGCUGUGACCUCAGAGACAGAUGUGUGACCUCACACACUCUUUAGUGUGAACUGAACACUGACAGUUCAGACUGUGCAGCAGGUGUCAGUGUAGAACAGCUCAUGUUCAUUAGUUUUAUUCACAACUUCAUUUUUGUCAUUGAAAAGGUUUUUAAUAAAUAAACCUGUGAUUAAAUUGUA